AAGAGAUGCCGCUUACCUGGAGGAACCGAGAUCUCUCAUGGGGCAGGAGCUGCUCAGCAUUCACCGGAGUGUCUGGGGUUCAUCUCAUCUGAGCUGCGCAUUCCGCCGCCUGAAAACCAAACAAAAACAUCACUCUGCAUCCCAGUCUAUCACUUGUUUUCUUCUGAGUUGCCUCUGCUCAAAAAUGAAGGUCACCGAGUGAUCUGACAUUUUUUGGCAAUGCUUUUGCUCUGGAAAUGUUCUUCUGGCAACGCCCAGAGGCAGUCGGUGCAGCUGCUUAUCGUAUCACAGCCUCCUCCUGCGGCUGCCCCAGCCUGGGGAGGGAUGGAUAGCGGACUGGGCAGGGGAUGCAAAGCCAGACAUCUUCCCUUGUCACCGUAUGUGGCCUGGACACCCAGAGCAUGGCCCGUGCUCUGGGGCUGGUGUCCCCAGGUGACAUCCCACCGGGCUGGAGGUGCACAUGGUGCUGCUGACCCAGGAGGGCUCUGAGCACCCAGCGGUGCCGCAGGCUCUUAUCACCCACCCACAGCUGGCGGAAGUGGAGAGAUGUGGCAGAUCCCGUGAUGCAAACAGGACGAGGGCACUGCAGGAACGUUGGGAGGGAUCUCUCAAACUCAAGUGUCAGAUGAGGUCAUGAACUCACGGCAGCCUCUGAGUCUUGCAAUUUCCACAUUCAGCAAGGAAUCCUGCCUCCCCUCCUGUGGAUUUCAUCAAACACAGUGGUAUCUGGGAUGGAGAGAGAAGAGAGGGAGACCUUGGCCAAUGAGGUGGAGGAGACGAGUGAAAGAGCUGAUGUGACCCUGGACCCAGACACCGCCAAUCCCUUCCUCAUCCUGGCUUGUGACCAGCGCAGCGUGGGACGUGGGGAAGAGUGGAUCUUGCUGCCCGACAACCCCGAGCGUUUCGACACAGAGCCGUGUGUUCUGGGCAGCCCCUGCUUCACUGCAGGGAGGCACCGCUGGGAGGUGGAGGUGGCCAGUGCGGGGGACUGGUGGGCUGUUGGGGUGGCCCAGGAGUCUGUUAGGAGGAAGGGAGUCCUCAGUUUUACCCCCCAGGAGGGGAUCUGGGCUGUGGGGCAGUGGUUUGGACAAUACCAUGCUUUCACUGACCCUGACUGGACACCCCUAUGCCUUGCCUGCCUGCCCAGGGCCAUCCAGGUCUGCCUGGACCUUGCAGACAGGCAGGUGACAUUUGCUGAUGCUGAAAACAAAGCCCCAAUCUUUGCUUUCUGCCUGGCUUCAUGUCCUGGGGAGAGGCUACGGCCAUGGCUCUGGGUGGGGAUGGACUCGUGGCUCAAGUUGUGCCCCUGACAUGGAAUGACAUCGGGUGGGAGGGGCACUAGAAAGGCAAACACCAUCUUCUUGGGUCCUGGUGCUGAGAACUGAGAGAGUCCUGCAUCGUGAUGGCUUCUCCUCACGUGGUUCUUCUGGCCAUUAAGUGGGAGGACUGGCAGGUCUUGGAGAUGGACAUCACCCAAGAGCCUCCUUCAUCCUCCCCCGCCCCAGCCAGGACUGCAGAGAUAACGGGGAGCACAAAGAUUUGGCACCUGGAGGAGCUUGGUGCCAGGUGGCCUCAGGGCAGAGAUGUGGCAUCAAGUGCCAGGACACUGCAGAGCUGCUCCAUAAAAAUACAGCAAGUUCAAACUCCUUAAAAGAUGCUA